AUGAUCUCCUCUUGGGAAAUCGAGAAGCAGCUUACACCGUUCAACUUUCGGCGCCCGACAGCGACGAUUAUCGACGACUCGACAGCUACAAAGGUGGAAACGAUUAUACCGACAGAUUGGGCAAGCGAGAAUGUCCUCCGGAAAUCGAAUCUCACAGAACUUGGAGCAACAGAUGUUGUGAUUUUUGGUGAAGUCCACAGACUGACUCAACUCGUUUCUGGAAUUACAUGGGGCUCACAACAUCCAAAUGGGCUAUUUGCCUGGCAUACCUUUGAGUCUGAAGGUGGCAAAAGUAUCACCAUGCUGGGGUGUAGAGAGGGUCUCUGGGGCGAAGCGGCGGGGUCUCUGGUCCGUGUACUGCGAAAAUUCUCGAAGACCCAGUGCCUUAUCUAUGUUAGCAAAGUUGGAUCUCUUGCAGAGAACGUUUCCGCCAAUGAGAGGAUUGCCACGGGAGACGAAUCGACAUUAGGAGACAAAGAUAUAGCUUGGGAUGACCCUCUCCGAGACAUGAAGUCGAUAGCAUCCUCUGAUCUCGUUUUGCGGGGACGGCAUGUCUCGGUUCCAUCUCCGUUGUGCGAGACUAAGGAAUGGUUACGGCACUGGCAGGAGACUUGUGCCUGGGUCGACUGCGAAACAUGGCACAUGGCACAGGCAGCCAAGGACGUCGAAGUCAAGUUCGGUUAUUUACACAUCGUCUCCGACAACCUCGCGGAGGAAGAUGGCGAGAAUUUGUCAAACGAGGACUGCGAUGAAAUCCAAAAUGCUAAUGGAAAUCCGUAUGUCCCUGUGGCUCCGAUCGCUAUUCCUGUAGUUGGCGGUGUGCCCGUGGUUCCUCCUGUUGGUGGCGGUGGUGGAGGUGGAGGCGGGGCAGGAGCGGACUCAACGACCACGACGACGAGCUCUAGUCCUAGCUCUAGCUCUAGUCCGCCAACGCCAACUAGCUCGAUAUCAGCAAGCCCCUCUUCUAGCUCGGUUGAUCCAAUCACAUCAGCUGUGGAGUUAUCUUCAGGGUCAUCCAUCAUGGAAGUUGUGACGGUAACAUCUCCUGAGACCACAAUUGAGGUCAUUGAGACUGCUACGUCUGCCGCGCCGGCUGCAACUAGUGCUGCGCCAUCUCCGGUUCCGUGCUAUAACUACGAUUGGAAAUCAUACGGCUGGUGCUGCCCUGGCCCAGACUCUCCUUGCCAAAAUGACCUGGGCACCUGCUACUUUGACGGCACAGGGGCUACUAAUGUGUUGCCAAACACGGCUGCCUGUCCGCCUGGAGAGGGUGCGAGAAGUUGA